AUGGCCGUGGCAAGCCUCGACUACCGUCAAUUCACCAUGGGAAGCAAGGCAGAGCGCGAGGCGUUCGCUCGGACCUUGCACACGAGCUUCGAGAGAACGGGAUUUGCCAAGCUCCAUAGCCAUACAUUCAGUGAAGAGGAGGUCGAGAAAUUGUUCAUGUGGAGCCAGGGCACGACUAAAUGGAGUUAA